AUGUCAAGAAUAAUAACAUACCCAAAGCUAGUAUCAUGUUUGAACCAGCGAAUACCAGUAUUUGAUUUCAUGAACUUACCGAAUGAUAUUUCGGGUAUUUUAAGCGACGAAAUCCAAUAUAAAUUGUUGCCCCAUUUGUUAGCAUUAAUUGAUGUCAAUCCAUAUUAUAUCAAAUCCUUCUUGAAAAAAUAUAUUAACACGAUAGAAUCAACAAAUAAUGAAGUGAUAGAAGAUAUCUACGAAUUGUAUUGCAAUGAAUCUAUUUUAAAUGCUGUUGAAAUGGGACCAACGGAGAUUGAUACGAUUCUGUACCCUGUAGGUGGAUUCAAGAUGGAAAAUGUGUCGAAUAAUGGAUUAGUAGUAAUUAAAGAGACUCCAAAGUUGAUAUCAGGCAAGGGAACUACAGGACUAAGGACAUGGGAAGCGGCCCUAUUCUUAGCAAAUUACUUGAAUUCUAACCCAGUAGAUUUUAGUAACAAAAGUAUCUGUGAAUUAGGUACCGGUACAGGAUUGGUGGGAUUAGCAUUAGCUAAGUACUAUCACAAGGAGAUUAACCCUUUGAGUGAAAUCAUAUUCACAGAUGGUGAUGCUUCACUAAUUGAAAACUUGAGUAAAACUUUCCAACUUAAUGGUUUAAUAGUCGACUCUACAAUAAAGACACAACAAUUACUUUGGGGAACAACUAACCCGAGCGACCCAGAGUUUAUCCUGACUCCUCCUUCUACAGACUACGUCGUUGCUGCUGAUGUCACGUACGAUUCAUCAAUUCUUCCGUUAUUGUGCUCGACAAUCAACGAUUUUUUUAAUAAUGGUACGAAAUUGGCUCUUAUUGCUGCAACUGUGAGAAACGAAGAAACAUUGAACGACUGGCAUGACGAGUUACAGAAACGUUUCGAAGGAAACUUCAGGGUUAUAGAGAAAUGUGAUCAACCUGCAUUGAUUGACAGCAAUUGUUGGUUUAAGUACACCACGCCCGAAAUAAGAAUUUAUCAAAUUACUCCAGCCUAA